GGAGGAGCGCAGACGCCGUAGCGAACGACUCGAAGCACUUUGAGCAAGGGAACGGCCGUUCGCCGGUGUACCGCCGCUGGUGGACCAGCAUGUCCCGCGUCGACACAAACGACGCAUUGCAGCACAGGCACGUCAGGUUACCAGUGGUGCCGUCGCGUUUUGCUAGGAGCUGCUGCUGAAGAGGAGCCGGUGAAAAGAGAUGGCUGUAUGUUGCUUGCGAGGGUGAGCCUGCGAGACACGUGACGUUACGGGACUAUAUGCUGAUAAACUGACUCAGCUACUCCACCACAAUGAGAAAGUGAAAACAAAGGAACAUCCAGGGAUGCAUGUGAGCUGUAUGGCACGACGAAGUGGCUGAUAUCGACACCAAUUGAGACAAGAAUCCGUACACCAGACUCUCGCCUGCUACCACUGGAAACAAAGCGCGAGGCACACAGGACCCGUCGUCUUGAACCCAGGUGAAAGGGAGAGAAUGCCGGGGGCCAAGCUGGCCGACCUGAACUCGGUACUCUCCUGCGUCCUGUGCGGUGGGUACCUCGUCAACGCCACCACCAUCGUCGAAUGCCUACAUUCCUUCUGUCGUGCUUGUAUCGUACGCUACCUGGCCACCAGUAAACUCUGCCCAAUCUGCGACGUUCCCGUCCACAAGUCCAGACCAUUCAACUACAUAAGGCCGGACAAGACACUGCAGGACCUUGUGUACAAGAUGGUCCCUGGUCUUUACCAGAGAGAAAUGAAAAAACGCCGAGAGUUCUACGAGCAACAUCCAAACGCUGACCCUGAAACUGAAUGUCUGGAAGACCGAGGUGUGUCGGACGAAAAAGGACGCGUAAUCUUCAGCCCGGACGACCACAUCAGCCUCUCGCUCGAGUACAGCACCGGGAAGCAGCCGACGGAAUCGAACGGCGACGAGGACGGCACCGAGAAGAAGACGGACGAGGAGGUACAGCGUCGAUUCCUCAACUGUCCAGCCGCGCUCACAAUCAGCCAUCUGCAGAAAUUCAUCCGCAUGAAGUACAGCCUCAGCUUCAACUUCAAGAUUGACAUUCUCUACAUGAAUGACGUAUUGUACGAAGGCUACUCCCUAAUGGACAUCGCAUACAUCUACACGUGGAAGAGGGAGAGCCCACUCCGGCUGUUCUUUCGAAUCUCCGCGAGACCUCCAAAACGGCCAGCAGUGCAAGCUGUAGAGCUUCCCUCAGAGGAACUGGUCAUUGUCGAAGACGAAGCCCCCGAAGAGUUACAGAAGGAACCUGGAAAGGAAGAAGCAGCGCAGUUGGCGAAAUCUGACCCAGUUGAAGAAAAAUCUGGAAGUCCGCCGCAACCAGAGACACCGACGUCAGAGAGCCCCGCACUGAGACUGCCCCAGGAGCUGUGCUCAAACCCAGAACCUGUUUCUGACAUCAGCUGUGCUUCCAAGGCAGACACAGAAAAGGCAAAUAGGAACACAGAUUCCAUUCCUCAAAAGGCUACAGCUAACCACAUUGUGGAGAAGCUGCUGCCGACUACCACCCUCACCAGGACCGCCCUCUCCACUUCUCCACCCUCUCCAGAGAAGGGCGAGGACGUUGCUACGGGAGUCGUUGACAAUGCACUAAAGAGUGCUGCUGUACCUGAAGAACAAGCAGUUGGGACAGAGAAGACUGCAAAGAUUGUGUCCCUCGUACAGUCUGCAUCUCCACACAAGGAAGAACAGGCUGCGGAACCCCUGGUUGAAGCGAGGCUUCCGCCGCAGGAAACGCUUUCUCCGCCGCCGCUUCCGAAAAUCACCAUCAGUACCCUGGACAGAAACAGCAACAAGAUCAUCAUCCAAACGAAGGAAGCACCACCAAUGGUCGUGAAGAUGUCUCCUCCGCUGGAGAGUCACGGGGAUAAGGCACUCCAGCCCAAGAAGUCUCGCCGUAAAGAGCACAAAGAAUCGUCGAGAAAGAAAUGCCCGGAGAAACAGGAAAAACGCAGCCUGUCCGAUACAGACCAGGUUGGAAUGGAAGCGCCCCCUAGCAAGAGAAGCAAGCAAGAGAGCGAGAGCAUGGAGGUCGACAGUGGACGAGGUUUUGAUGCGAUUGAGCGAUCGAGCCCCAAGCCCAAUUCCUCUAGAGCUCCUCAGCCGCACGGCUCCCCACACCAGCGUGUUACUUCGCCUUCAAAAAGUAGUCCAGUUUCACGGCCUCCCCCAGCCCACCCCCAGACUCCCAAGACUCCGCCGUCACUGCAACGCAACCGCAUCACCGUGACGCGGGCGGAAGAAGACACGAGGCCCCUGGAUUUGUCCCUGGCCCACAGAGGUCCAACCGUAGUGCCCAAGAAGGUGGAACUUGCACCUCCCUUUCCGCGCCCACGUGGCCGUCCGCCACUUCCGCUCCCCACCGUAUCCCAGCCUCUUCCCAAGCAGACGUCAACGUACAAGGUAGUGCCGCCGAUGACGCCCAUGUUCCAGAAAACGCCGACAGCCGCGGCCUCGUCUCACCAUCAUCAUCAUCACCAUCGCAACAGCAAGCAUCUCUUCAAGGGAGCCAACCUGACCUGCAUCAACCCGGAUCCCAACGCGUUUCACCCGCGGAUUGUGAUCAAGAACGUGCCCCCCAGAGGACCCCUCAACAGCUUUCAUAGAGUGUGAUUGCCAUGUUCGAGGGAAUGGAAUAUCUACACAGGGGUGAUCGUGCGGAGGAUUAACCACGCCCCUUCUAGUCUCACCGAGUGUCCUGGAUCAUACAGCGCGGAAGACCUCCGCCACGUGAUCUGGAUUAUCCACUUGGAUUACCAUCUGCGCCAGUGUGCUGCCGCCGUGAAUAGUGACCUGGAUAUCCCAACUUGGAUUACCACCUGAGAGUGCGUGCAAGUGUGUUGCCUUCCUCAAGCGCCACCUGGAUUACGCCUUUGGAUUAUACAUUGGAUUACGCUCCUGGAUUUAUGAAAUGUGUGUGUCUGUGUCUCGGAUUUCUGACCGUGGCUACCAUGUGGAUUAACUUCAGGAUUACCAAUAAUGCGAAGGUAAGUCUGAGCAAGAGUGAGGGUGCAACCCCCCCCUGUGAGAGAAUCUCCAACUGCAGAGUGCAGUGUAAUCGCAGACUUCAGCAGUGUCUUCCAGUGGAAGCAUUGGUCUUCAUCUGAACAUGUUCUGCGGUUGUGGCAGAGAAACUCUGAAAAGACUGUGCCACAAGGACACUUCGUGUUGCCGGCGGUCGAAAUCUUGCUAAGCAAGCUGUGGAUUAACUUCAGGAUUACCUGUAGUCGGCAGGUAAGUCUGAGCAAGGAAACCUGCGACUGUGACGCACAGUCUAGUCGCAGGCCUCAGCAGUGUCUUCCAGUGGAAGCAUUGAUCUUCGUCUAAGCAUGUUCCGCAGUUAUAGUACAGGAACUCUCGAGGAACUGUGCUGCAAGGACACUUUGUGUUGCCAGCGGACUCUCGGAACAACUUCAGCUGCAAACAGAAUCAAACCGUGCAAUACAAUGUAUAUUCUUCACGUAUCAUGGAACUGUUGUGUUUGCAGGCAUUGCAACCGUGUGAAUGUGUCACGCGCGAGGAACUACAAGAAGAAGAAAAAAAGAGAGAGAGAGAGAGCCUACAGAAACGAAAUCUAAAGUGUCAGCAUCAGAGGUUAAUCGUACAUUGUACAGAUCUUUUAGCGUUUAAAACACAACGCUUAAUAGUGGCUUAUAUAGAGUGGAGGAAUUACGCGCGUAGUAAUAUGAUAAUAUACAGCGUCUUCGUGUGGGACUGCUUGUUUUUAUCUCAUGUGCUAUGCCUCGUAGUGAAAUAAUAAUAAAGUAGUUUUGUUGGAUCGAGA